AUGGUUGUUUUUCCGAGAGAGAUUCGUGCAGAAUUGGAUCUCAAUCAGUCCACUUCGUGGGAGUUUUUCUGUCGAACCAGAAGUGUUCAUCAGGCUAAGGCCCAGAAGUUAGAGGAGCGUUGUCAGAGGUUGAGACCGGACAGAGAGAGUCAGAAGCUUAGAAGAGUGGAAGCCUAUCUCAAGAGAAUCAACAAGCCUUCCAUCAAAACAAUCAACAGCCCAGAUGGUGAUGUAAUACAAUGUGUAUUGUCUCAUUUGCAACCAGCGUUUGAUCAUCCUCAGCUACAAGGGCAGAAACCACUGGAUUUGCCAGACAGACCACGUAGAGGAAAUGAAACAAGAGAUGAGGAACAUUUUAAUCAGUUAUGGAGUGAGUCCGGCGAAAGUUGCCCAAUUGGAUCAAUACCAAUAAGAAGAACAACGCAAAGUGAUGUUUUGAGGGCAAAAUCAGUUCGACGGUUUGGUCGGAGAUUGAGAAGACCCAUCAGACGAGAUUCCUCCGGAGGCGGCCACGAGCACGCGGUGGUGUUUGUAAACGGAGAACAAUAUUACGGAGCAAAGGCAAGCAUAAACGUGUGGGCGCCACGUGUCACUGAUGCUUAUGAGUUCAGUUUAUCUCAGAUUUGGCUCAUCUCCGGCUCUUUUGGCCAUGACCUAAACACCAUUGAAGCUGGUUGGCAGGUUAGUCCUGAGCUAUACGGAGAUAAUUAUCCAAGAUUCUUCACAUAUUGGACGACAGAUGCAUACCAAGCAACUGGGUGCUACAAUUUACUCUGCUCAGGGUUCGUACAAACCAACAAUAAAAUCGCAAUUGGUGCAGCGAUUUCCCCGAGGUCCUCUUAUAAAGGAAGACAGUUUGACAUCGGUUUAAUGAUUUGGAAGGAUCCAAAACAUGGGCAUUGGUGGCUUGAACUAGGAAACGGACUUCUGGUCGGAUAUUGGCCAGUCUUCUUGUUUAGCCACUUGAGGAGUCAUGCAAGUAUGGUUCAAUUUGGCGGCGAAGUUGUAAACAGCCGAUCAAGCGGCGCACACACCGGAACGCAGAUGGGAAGUGGCCAUUUCGCAGAUGAAGGCUUUGAGAAAGCCGCCUACUUUAGGAACUUACAAGUCGUUGAUUGGGACAACAAUCUCUUACCUCUCAACAAUCUCCAUGUCUUAGCCGAUCAUCCGGCUUGUUAUGACAUAAGACAAGGUAAAAACAAUGUAUGGGGAACUUAUUUUUACUAUGGAGGGCCUGGUCGGAAUCCUAGGUGUCCUUGA